GCGCCCUCUAGCGUCCCGUGUUUGAAGUAUUGCCAGCGCCGCCUCGUCCCCGUGCAGGUUUCCCGCCUCUCCUGUCACUACUGGCCCGGACAUGUCUUCGUUCGGCGCCGGUACAUCCCGUUCUGAUGGAGGAGAUGGAGGACCCGCAGAAACGGCCGGCGGCAUCUUGGCCAGUCUUCACGAACUCAAGCGCCUGCUCGGCUCCGGGGAUCCCGGCACUUGUGCGGCUGCUCUCGGCCUCUUACGCAGCCUGGGAGAGGAGUGUGUGAUCUCGGCGCCAGGGAGCAGUGUGCUGGCUUUGAACACAUCCUUGGUCUUUUCUAAGGAUUAUGGUCUGCUGGAGUUCAUCCACAAAUCCCUGAUCAUGGAAGAAUAUCGAGACUGUCGAGAAGAAGCAUUAAAAUUCCUGGUCACCUUUCUGGAGAAAAUAGGCCAGAAUUCACAACCAUAUGCCUUAGAAAUCAAGAAAAUAUGUGUCAUUGCAUACACAAAAGAAAAAUAUGCUAAGUGCAAAGUAGCUGCAUUAGAUCUUCUAAUUAAGUUAUUGCAGAUUCUGAAGAAAUCCUACACAAUUGAAGAAUUUAAGAUCAGUGAACUUUUCAAUAAAUUUUACGGUGAACUGGCUAAUAAAACCAAAAUAUCCGACACAGUUUUGGAAAAGAUUUAUGAGCUUCUGGGAAUUUUGGGUGAAGUGCAACCUAGUGAUAUGCUGAACAAUUCUGAGAAACUCUUUCGAGCCUAUCUGGGAGAAUUAAAAGGACAGAUGACUUCAUCCACAAGGCAGCCUAAGUUUGCCGUGGUAGCUGGAUGUUUGAGAGGAUUAUCAGCACUCUUGAUUAACUUUACAAAAUCUGUGGAAGAAGAUGCUAGCACUUCUAAAGAAAUUUUUGAAUACACAUUGAAGGCAAUAAAUCCUCAGAUCGACCUAAAAAGAUAUGCUGUGCCUUUAGCUGGCCUACAUCUCCUUGCUCAACAUGCAUCCCAGUUUGAUACCUUCCUCAUGGACUCCUAUCAAACUGUUUUUGAAGUAAUGUCCAAAUGGUGCGGCCAUUCAAAUCACGAAAUGAAGAAAAAUGCGUUUGCAGCGCUGGACUCCUUCCUAAAGCAGAUGGCGUUGCUGGUUACUAAUGAUGCUGUAGCUCACAAAGACAAGUUACAGUUCUUCAUGGGACAGUUUUACAAGAUCAUGAGAAAGAUGGAGUCUUCCAAUAAGGAACUUGCUAUUGCUAUUCGAGGAUAUGGCCUUUUUGCAGCGCCUUGCAAAGCAGUAAAUGCCACAGAUGUGAAUUUUAUGUAUAUUGAGCUUAUUCAGCGUUGCAAGCAAAUGUACCUCACAGAGGUGGAGACAGAAGAUGACAAUGUGUAUCAGCUACCAAACUUCCUGCAGGCGAUUGCAAGUGUCAUACUUUACAUGGACUCGAUUCCUGAAAUAUACACUCCUGUUCUUGAGCGCCUCCUUGUUGUGCAAAUAGAAACAUUUCCACAAUACAGCUCAAAAAUGCAGUUUUCAUGCAGCAGGUCAAUCAUCAAGGUGUUUCUAUCUUUGGCGGGAAAAGGGCCUGUUCUUUGGAGCCUGAUUAGUACUGUGGUGCAUCAAGGAUUAAUCAGAGUCUGUUCCAAGCCAGUCAGAUUUGAAAGGGAUGGAUAUGGGGCAGUCAGUUCUGAGGAGCCACCAGCUUCUGGUGAGGUCCGUGCUGGAAAAUGGAAAGUACCUAGUUUCAAAGACUAUCUUGAUCUCUUCCAUAGUCUUCUGAACUGUGAUCAGAUAAAGGAAUCCAUAUUUUCUGAUGAAGUUUUCCCAGCUGUCAACUCCCCACUGCAGUCACUGAGUAGACUAUUGUAUGAUGAACUCAUAAAAUCCAUUCUCAAAAUUAUUGAGAAAUUGGAUCUGUCAUUGCAAAAGCAAGAAUCUGGGCAACUGGUUGAUGAGGAUCACCUAGGCUAUUUAGUCAUUGCAACAUCAGACCCAGCAGCUAACCUUUAUCCUACCAAACCAAAAGAUUUUACAGCAUUUGUUAAUCUGGUCGACUUCUGCAGUGAAAUGAUACCAAACAAGCACGUGGAAUUCUUCGAGCCUUGGGUUUAUGUGUUUGGCUAUGAGAUAGUUUUAAAGUCUACGCGUCUACCCCUUAUCAGUGGCUUUUACAGACUGCUGUCUGUUGUAAUGAAAAAUGCAAAGAAAUUAAAGUAUUUUGAGGGUGUCAGUCUGAACAGUUCUGGCAAAUGUCCUCAAAAUCCAGAAAAAAUGUCUUGCUUUGCUCUGUUUCUGAAAUUUGGCAAAGAGGUAUCUUCUAAAAUGAAGCAAUUUAAGGAUGAGCUUUUGGCAUCUUGCUUAACUUUCAUCCUUUCUCUGCCUCCUGAUAUCAUCAAGCAUGAUAUGAAAGCGUACAUCCCUUCUUUACAAAUGGCCUUUAAAUUAGGCUUGAGCUUUCCACCACUUGCAGACGCUGGCCUUGACGCACUUGAUGAUUGGUCAUCUCAAAUUCCUUCAGAUAUUGAGAAAUUCUAUAAGGACAUUCUGCCGUCCCUAGAUAGCUACUUGACAGACACAUCAUCUUCAGAAGAGUCUCUGAGUGCUCUUGACGUUGAUCGCCUGUCUCGUGCAUCACAAAAAGGUUUUAAUAAAUAUCUUAUAAAGCAGAUACAGAGAACAAAAUCACUCUCUGUGAAAGAUGAGUCCUCUUUGGUAGCAGUAAGGAACAGAGUUGUACGAUUACUUGGAUCUUUGGGGGGACAAAUUAAUCGCAGCCUGGUAACAGCUACAUCUACUGAAGAAAUGAUAAAGAAGCAUGUAUCAUGGGACACGGAAAAAAGACUGAGUUUUGCUGUACCGUUUGCUGAUAUGAAGCCUGUGAUCUACUUGGACACUUUUCUGCCACGUGUCACAGAUUUAGCACUUUCUGCCAGUGACAGACAGACAAAAGUUGCUGCAUGUGAACUUUUGCAUAGCAUGGUUACAUAUAUGCUGGGAAAAGCAUCUCAGAUACCUGAUGCUCGUGAAGGGCCUCCACCUAUGUACAGACUAUACAAGCACACAUUUCCUGUGUUGCUCUGCCUGGCCUGUGAUAUCGAUCAGGUAACCAGACAGUUGUAUGAACCUCUUGUUAUGGGCAUCAUCCACUGGUUCACAAAUAACAAAAAAUUUGAAAGUCGUGACACUGUGGCUUUGCUGGAUUCUAUUUUGGAUGGAAUUGUGGAUCCUGGUAAUAGUACUUUGCGAGACUUUUCAGCACGGUGUAUUCAAGAAUUUCUAAAAUGGUCAAUCAAGCAGACCACACCAAGACAGCAAGAACAAAGCCCUGUAAACACACAGUCACUAUUUAAAAGGCUCUACAGCCUUGCUCUGCAUCCUAAUGCAUUUAAGAGGUUGGGAGCAGCUCUUGCAUUCAACAAUGUAUACAAAGAAUUCAGAGAAGAGGAUGCUUUGGUGGAAAAGUUUGUGUUUGAGAUCUUGGUUGUGUACAUGCAAAGUCUGGCAUUAUGUCAUGGAGAUGAAAAAUCCUUAGGCACCAUUCAGCAGUGCAGUGAUGCCAUUGAUCAUCUGAAACGCAUCAUCAUUCAGAAAGUCAGCAAGCUAAACAAACCAUCUAAAAGACGCAUACCAAGGGGUUUUCCUCAGAGUCAGACAAUCUGUCUCUUGGAUAUUGUGCUUUGGCUUUUACAACAAUGUGGCCUCCCUCAGACGGACUGCAGACACAAGGCAAUGGAACUCUUCUUUGAACUUGUACCUGUUUUGCCUGAGAAAAAAUCUCCAUCAGCCUGGGUGGAGGAAAUUAUCAAGAAAGAAAGCGUCUCUUUUUUGAUUCAGAGAUUUGAAAGUGCUGGCAGUGUGGAUGGAAACCAUUGUGGCAUAUUUUACAUUACCACUCUUCAGGAUCUGAACAAGACUUCCUUACGAGCUGUGAUUCAGUGGAUGGACAUGUUGCUUGCGGCUCUGGAUUGUUAUAAUACGUUUUUGGGUAUGCAUGUAGUGAAACCACAGACUUUGCUUGAUCCUUCUCAGAAGUCAUCUUUUCUCAGAGCACUAAAUUUUUUCAUCAGUCAUCUUUCCAUGAAUGACGUUAUGGCAGCAGGCACUUGCUUCAAAGCCAGUUUAUUUAGUCCCCAAGAAAAAGAGGAAUACAACUAUAACAAGUGCACAAUUAUAGUAAGAAUCAUUGAAUUUGUAACCGUGAUCCUGGAUAAUUGCCAGCAGGAUUUCUGUAAGAAUCUUGAGGAUGAGCUUCUGAAUAACUCCAUGUGGGAAUUAGCAGCGGUUACUAUAUGUGAUCCAUUAAGUAUAGGAUUCAAUACGGCAGAUGUUCAAGUCAUGAAGAACCUUCCAGAUGUGUGUGUACAGUUGCUGAAAGCAGUAGCAAAAUCACCAUAUAGGAGAAUCUUGGAAACGUGUUUACAGAAAAAAAUGACAAUGGAACGGAUUGAAGAUCUGUGUACUGUUAAUUUGUGUGAUCCAGAUAUCAGACAUCAGAGUGUUAAGUUGGGUGCCACGCUAUCUGCUUGUAACCAGCUGUACAAGGCACAGUUGUUGACUUCUGUUCUGCACGCAAAGGUUACUGGUCUUGGAUUUACUGUUGGUUCCAAACUCCUUUCAGUGGUUUAUAAAGGCAUUGCUGCCAGUAAUGAUAGAAAGUCCUUACCAUCUCUAGACAUCAGCAGUAAACGUCUUGCUGAAGGAAUUUUACAUCUUUCUUUUAAUUUCGGUGGACAGUGUGAAGAACUCGUAAGCCUAUUGCUGAACACAGUAGUUUUAACAGUGCCGUUGUCUGGAAGUUCUCAGAGAAACUUCAUCAAUUUUUCUCAUGGAGAGUAUUUCUACAGUUUGUUUUCUGAAACUAUUAACAGGGAACUGUUGAAGAACCUGGACACAGUAGUACCUCAUCUACUCAAUUCAUCUACAGAAAAUCCAAAAAUGGUAAGCUCAGUCUUGAAUGGAAUGUUAGACCAAAGCUUUAGACAGCGUUCAGUCCAGAAGCAGCAAGGCACGCAGUUGGUGAAUUCUGUGCUUAAAAAUUGGAUGAAACUGGAGAGCUGGUGGGCCGCAGACUCUUCACCAGAAAGCAAAAUGGCAGUUCUAACAUUACUUGCGAAAGUGUUACAGAUUGAAUCUACUGUGUCCUGUGAUACAAACCACCCAGCUUUUAAUGACAUUUUUAGAACCUAUCUGAGCAUUCUAUUGGAUCAGAAGCUUGGGCUGAAUUUGAAAAGUCAGACUAUUAUCAUACUUCCUUUCUUCACCAACCUAAAAGAAGACCGAUUGAGAGAGUUAAAGCAUACCCUUGAUCAGUUUGUUGCCUUUAACUUUCCAAUGAAAUCUGAUGAAUUUCCUAAAGGCACUUUAAAGUUCAAUAAUUAUGUGGACUGUGUAAAAAAGUUUUUAGAUGCGUUGGAAUUGUCCCAGAGCCCAGUGCUGCUGCAGCUGAUGGCUGAAAUUCUUUGUAGGGACAACAAGCAUUUUAUGGAAGAUUUAUUUCAGAACACUUUCAAGAAAGUUGUUAAAAGGAGUAGCUGUGAUAAGCAAGUGAUCUUACUGGAUACACUACAUAACAUGUUCAAGAGUGAAGAUCUCCUUUCAAAUACAACUCGCCAUUCUUUAGUUGAUCAUUGUCUACUGACUCUCUUGUGGAACUGCAGUUCUGAAGCACUGAAAGAUUUUUUCUGCAAAAUCAUUAAUUUUUCAAUGGAUUUUCUCAAGAGCAGGUUCACAAAGACAUCCGAAGCAGUCUUUGACACUCAGCUUACAAAGAAAAUGGGUUACUACAAGAUGCUGGAAGUUCUUUUCUCACGUCUUUCUAAAGAUGAAAUUCAUUCCAAGGAAUCCAGAAUAAAUCAUGCAUUUGAAGGAUCAGUGAAUGUUGAAGGAAAACAACUUACUAGGACACUGAUAAAAUCAUGUCAUGAUGCAUAUACAGAGAACAUGUCUGGAGAAACACAACUACCGGAGAAGAGGAGACUCUAUCAUUGUGCCGCAUAUAACUGUGCUAUUGCCGUUGGCUCAUGUACUUUUACUGAAAGUAAAUUCUACCAAGCAUUUCUUUUCUCCGAAAAGAAAGAAAAGAAUACCUUCAUACUUGAAAACAUAAUAGAUCUUAAGCGCCACUAUUCCUUUCCCAUAGAAGUUGAGGUUCCUAUGGAACGAAAGAAAAAAUAUCUUGCUAUACGCAAGGAAGCAAGGGAAGCAGCAAAUGAGGAUUCGGAUGAGCCCCAGUAUUUGUCGUCACAGUCUUACAUGGCAGAUAGCAGUCUGAGUGAAGAAAUGAGUCAGUUCGACUUCUCAACUGGUAUCCAGAGUUUUUCUUAUAGUUCACAGAACCCAGUAAGGUCUCAAAGAAGCAGAAGAGUGAGGGAUCGCAGCUCUGAAGUCCAGCAGACCGCAGAAGAUGUUAUGGAGUUUGAAAUGGAUGAACUAAACCAGCAUGAGUGCAUGGCACCUAUGACUGGACUGAUCAAACGCAUGAGUCAAAAUGGCAUAACACCUAAAGUAGAGGAGGGUAAAGUUCCACAAGACCUGCCACCAUGGAUGAACUUUCUACAUUCUAAACUAGGAAAUACCUCCACGCCAUUGAAUAUACGUCUUUUCAUUUCCAAACUAUUAGUUAACUCUGAAGAGGUUUUCCGUCCCUAUGCAAAGUUUUGGAUUGGACCAUUAUUGCAGCUGAUUGUCUCUGGAAAUAAUGGGGGAACGGGCAUUCACUACUUGGUUGUCGAGACUGUUGUGACACUUCUUUCUUGGUCGAGUGUUGCUACACCAAAUAGGCUUGCAAAGGAUGAAAUUCUGGCUAACAGACUGCUUGAAUUUAUGAUGAAGAAUUCAUUUCAUGAAAAGAGAGCAGUAUAUAGGCAUAAUCUUGAGAUCAUCAAAACCCUGUUGGAGUGCUGGAAGGAUUGUCUUUGUAUUCCAUACAAGUUAAUAUUUGAGGACUUUUCUGGCACAGACCCUGAUAAAAAAGACAACUCUGUGGGAAUUCAGCUACUAGGUUUGGUAGUUGCUAAUAACUUCUCUCCAUAUGACCCAAAAUGUGAAAUAGACAUUACCCGGUACUUUCAGGCUCUUGCCAACAAUGUUACAUUCACAAGAUUUAAGGAAGUUUAUGCCGCAGCUGCUGAAGUCCUGGGACUUGUUCUUCGAUAUAUUGCAGAUAAAGAAAAAAACGUUGAAGGACCUGUGUUUAAUUAUGUAGAGAAGAAUUUAAAAUCGCUUCACAGUAGUAACAAAGAAGACAAGUUCAUUGUGUGCUUGAAUAAAAUAGUGAAAAAUUGUCCACUGUUUGCGGACAGGUUUAUGAAUAUUGUUCUCUAUCAACUUCCAAAGCUUCAUGGAGUUCUCAAGACCCAAUGCCUUGAAAUUAUUAUGUCUAGGUCUGAAGAAAUACCAGAUCUUUUUCUUGAGCUAAAAAAUAGGGAUUUCAAACAAAUUAUGAGCAACCGCGAUGAUGAAAGACAGAGAGUGUGCCUUGAUAUAGUAUAUAAGUUGUUAGCCAAGCUGAAACCAUCCGAGCUUCGUGAACUAUUGCCAUCUGUAAUUGCAUUUAGUUGUCACAAAUUUCCUGUUUGUCGGGAACGCAUGUAUGAUAUUCUCAUGUGGAUCUAUGACAAUUACAGAGAUCUAGAGAGCCAAUCGGAUAGUGAUUCGCAGGAGGUCUUUAAUAUGGCCAAGGAGGUAUUACUUGAAGGACUGGUAGAUGAAAAUGCAGAGCUUCAACUUAUUGUCAGAAAUUUUUGGAGCACCGAACCACGGUUGCCAACUGGCACAUCGGAUCGAUUGGUCGCUAUACUGCUCUCUUUGUGUUCCCCCAAAAUUAAAAAGCACUUUCUAAGUCUGGCCACAAACCUGCUUCUUGAAAUGACAAGUCGAAGCCCAGAUUACAUCAGGCAAAUGUUUGAGUAUCCACUUUCUGAGUGCAUGUUUCAGGAUUAUACUGUUGAUUCCAAUUGGCGCAACCGCAGCACUAUCCUCACUCCCAUGUUUGUGGAGACUCAAGCUUCUCAAAGUAUUUACAGGUCUAGGACACAAAGUUUUCAGGAAGGGCAGGAGCCAGAGGGAGGCCAAGUAAGAGCAACACAGCAGCACUUUCAGUUCACACCUACACAGAAUAUUGGUGGCAGGAGUUCAUUUAACUGGCUGACUGGAAAUACUUUGGAUACCUUGGGCAGUUUCUCUGCUGAUUCUUCAGAGUCCCUCUCUACAGCAUUGCUGUUUACAAGUAGAAGGAGUGAAAAAGCUCAGAGGGGAUCAUUUAAACCUUUGGGACCUAAUUUUGGAAAACGCAGACUAGGACUUCCAGGUGAUGAAACUGACAGCAAAACUAAAGGAAUUGACGAAAGAUCGGAAAUUUUAAGAUUGCGACGACGUUUCUUAAAAGAUAAGGAAAAGCUCAGUAUCAUUUAUGCUAAAAAAGGAGUAGCGGAGCAGAAAAGGGAAAAGGAAAUAAAAGUUGAGCAAAAGAUGAAGAAAGAUGCUCAAGUCAUUCUUUAUAGAAGUUAUCGACAUGGAGAUUUGCCUGAUAUCCAGAUUGCACACAGUGCACUUAUUGCACCACUGCAGGCACUUGCACAGAAAGACUCAACUCUGGCAAAACAGCUAUUCAGCGCAUUAUUUUCUGGGAUUCUGGAAAGAAUCGGCAGCUCCACCGAAAAGAACAGCAUUGCUGCUAAACUGGUUGAUAAGUUCAAUCAGUACUUGAACAGCACUAUGUACUAUUUCCCACCAUUCAUUGGCUGUAUACAGGAUAUGUGUUACCACCAUGUUGAGCUUCUUCAUCACCCAGCAAGUGUAAGCACAAGUAGCAUAGAAAGUUUGCAGCAGCCUAUAGGUAUUCUACUACUUGAGAAAGCAUUACAGGACAUUUCACCACCUGAGGAUCCUCCAGCAAAGAAGAUGCGUGGAAGAGCAAACCAUUCUCUGGAUGUUCAGAGAUGGAUACAGCUUGCUCAGCUGUAUCGCUCUAUUGGUGACUAUGAUGUUCUUCGAGGAAUUUUAGUAAUAAGAUUGGAACAAAAAGUAUUACACAACUUGCUUAAGUGCUGAAGCAAGGUCUGAGUACGAGAAGCUGCUAAACUAUAUGACAAGUAUGCUUUGCAGGAGACGUUUCCAGAUGGAGAACCUUCUGAUGCUGAGAAGGAUUUUUGGGAGAUUGCUUCUAUGGAUUGUUACAAUCAUCUAACUGAAUGGGAACCACUGGAGUACUGCUCGACAGUGAACAUUGACAGUCAAAAGCCACCAGACCUCAAGAAAAUGUGGAGCGACCCUUUUUAUGAGGAAACCUAUCUUCCUUACAUGAUUCGCAGUAAAGUGAAACUUCUUCUGAAUGGAAAGGCUGACCAGUCUUUAUUAACAUUCAUUGAUGAUGCAAUGAAGAUUGAGCAGAGGAAAGUGUUAAUAGAAAACUUCUACAGUCUGGAAUUGAGUCUUCUGUACAUUUUACAAGAUGAUUUUGACCGAGCAAGAUAUUACAUUAAAAAUGGAAUGGAUAUGUUCAUCCAGAACUAUUCAAGUGUCGACUCACUGCUAUACCAUAGCAGAUUAACGGAACUGCAGACUGUUCAAGCUUUAACGGAGACUCAGGAUUUUAUCAACUUUAUCCAUGUUCCUGGUAAUUUAUCAUCCCUGCCCUCCCUGAGAAGGCUGUUUCAUCUCUGGAUGAGUCGAUAUCCAGAUGACAAAAUGGAUCCCAUGCACAUCUGGGACGAUGUGAUUAGCAACAGGUGCUUCUUCCUGGAUAAAAUCAAAGAAAAGCUGUCUUGUCAGCUAGUGGAUGAAAGUAUGGAAAUAGACAGUACGACUGAAGAUAGUGAGGAAGUGCAUGCCAACAAGCAAGAAGAUGUGAACUUUCUCAUCAGAAAAUGCAAGUUUGUUAUGAAAAUGAAGAUGAUUGACAGCGCCCGCAAACAGAACAACUUUUCUGUUGCCAUGAAACUUUUAAAAGAGCUUCAUCGAGAGUCUAAAACCAACGAAGACUGGCUGGUAAAAUGGGUUCACAGUUAUUGUCGUUACAGUCACAGCCGAAUCCAAAGUCAAAGUAAUCCAGAGAGAAUAUUGACUGUACUAAAAACUGUCUCAUUACUAGAGGAGAGCAGCCCUGAAUACUUAAACAGAUUUCCUCAGUCAUACAGAUAUCACAAUAUGUUACUGGGUGGCACUUAUAAAAUCAUGGGUGAUGCACUCAGCAAACAACCAGACUGCCUGAAUAAAAUUGAAGAAUCAAAGGCUAGAAAAGUAACAGAGCUUGCCGGAUCAGCAGAGGAGGUUGCUGCUGGACUGUACAGAAAGUGUCUCCAUUACUUAAAAUCUGCUGUCAGGAGAGCUGAAGAAGAAACACAGUCUCAUUCAGAGGAGAGGACUGAUAACAAAGGAGCCAUCAAAGCUUACAUGACCCUGGUGGAUUUUUGUGAUACACAUCUUAGGAAACUAGAGGACAACUCAUCAGUAUUGGAUGUUAAAGACUGGAAACCAUUCCCUGAAAUCAUAGUGGAUAAAAUGAUAAAAGCAUUAAAGCUGGGGUCUAAAGAAGCACGGCUAAAGUUUCCUAGACUACUCCAGAUUAUUGAGCUGUAUCCUAAUGAAACAUUGGACUUGAUGGCCAGAGAGGUGAGUUCUGUUCCAUGCUGGCUCUUUAUUGGCUGGAUAAGUCAAAUGAUGGCAAUGCUUGAUAAAAAGGAAUCCCUAGCGGUACAGUUCAUCAUAGAACAAAUUGCAGACUACUACCCUCAAUCUCUUGUAUACCCAUUCAUGAUCAGUGGAGAAAACUAUAACUUUGAAGACACAGUUGAUGGACACAAAAAUAAAUUGUUUGUGGAAAAAAUUCAGAGCAAGCUGGAAAAAAAUGGAUUAAUUAAAGAUUUUAUUCUCGCUUUGGAGCAGCUGUCUAAUCCUGCUUUGAUCCUGCAGGAUUGGAAAGAGGACUUCGAUAAAGAAUUAGCUAGAGCGAAACCCGAUAGAAAUAAAAUUAAGAAAAUGUACAUAGAGAUGUAUGCAAAGCUUGGGAAUUCAAAAGAUCCUACUUUUGGGGCAUUCAGAAGGAGGUUUGCAGAGAAAUAUUCAAAGGAAUUUGACAAAGUAUGUGGAAAAGAUGGCUCUCUUCUUAGGGAAAUGAAAGCUGAGGUGUUUGCUAAAAACUUUGGAAAACUAGUGAGUGAAAUAAAAAGUGAGCAGGGUACAGAGCCAGGAAAUUUAAAGGAAUACUCUCCCUGGAUGAGUGCUUUCAAGCCAGAGUUUUCCAAAGAUGAUCUUGAAAUACCAGGUCAGUAUGAUGGUAAAGGCAAGCCUAUGCCAGAAUAUCACGUAAAGAUCUGUGGGUUUGAUGAGCGGGUAAAAGUUAUGUCCUCCAUAAGAAAACCCAAGAGGAUUAUAAUUCGAGGAAAUGAUGAGAGAGACUACCCAUUUCUUGUCAAAGGUGGUGAGGAUUUGCGCCAAGACCAGCGCAUUGAGCAGCUUUUUGAUAUCAUGAAUAUAAUCCUUUCCCAGGAUGCUGCUUGUAAGCAGAGAUAUAUGCAAGUAAAGACUUAUCAAGUGAUUCCCAUGACAACACGCAUAGGGAUGAUCGAAUGGCUGGAGAACACAUGCACCUUAAAGGAAUUUAUUUCAAGUACUCUGACUGAAAGUGAAAGAAAAGAUUUCAAUGGAAAAUAUAGUCCAGAGAAGCAUUACAAAGCCUGGCUGGACAAGAAUGACAAGAUUGGAAAUCCUCAACAACAACAACAUAUUGAUGCGUAUAGUAAAGUGGGCCGUGAUUCAACUAUCCGCUCCUUCAGAGAAAGAGAAGCACUUGUUCCUGGAGACCUGUUGAGGAGGGCCUUUGUUAAGAUGAGCGCAACCCCUGAAGCAUUUCUGGCUCUGCGCUCCCAUUUUAUCCGGUCUCAUGCUUUGCUGUGUAUAAGUCAUUGGAUCCUUGGCAUUGGAGAUCGUCACCUGAGCAAUUUCAUGGUCAAUAUGGAGACUGGAGGAAUGAUUGGUAUCGACUUUGGUCAUGCUUUUGGCACUGCAACCCAGUUUUUACUUGUGCCAGAACUAAUGCCGUUCCGACUGACACGUCAGAUAAUAAAUCUGAUGUUGCCCCUGAAAGAAACUGGAUUAUUUGAUUCUGUGAUGGUGCAUGCUUUACGAGCCUAUCGAACUAACCCGGACCUCCUCAUUAGUACAAUGGAUGUGUUUGUAAAGGAGCCUUCACUAGACUGGAAGAAUUUUGAAGCAAAGCAAUUGAAAAAGAGAGGAGACUGGGUAAAAGACGUAAACACUACCUCACAGGACUGGUAUCCUAUGCAGAAAGUAACAUGUGCAAAACGGAAGUUAUCUGGUGUAAAUCCUGCAAUAAUCACAUGUGAAGAACUGCGAUUGGGACAUGCUGUGUCUAAGGCGUUUAAACAUUUCUGUGAUGUUGCAAAAGGAGAUAAGGCGUAUAAUAUACGAGCUGGAGUACCUGAUGAUGAACUUUCUGAGGAGAUUCAAGUAAAAUGUCUUAUCGAUCAGGCUACAGACCCUAAUAUCCUUGGCAGAGUCUGGACAGGAUGGGAACCUUGGAUGUGAAGAUGCAGCUUCAGAAAUCCCAGUCUGUCCUAAAUUUGACAGUUCAAUAAUGGAAUUACUGAUGGGAAUGAAAUAGCGAUUUAUUAUUGAGUCUUCCCUGGAUAAAUGUGUGGUGUAGAAAUUUUAGUGUCUUAUAUUGUUCCUGCCUCACAGAACACACAACAGCAAAGCCUUAAUUUUGCACUCUUCCAUAGUGGUUUACUAAAAUGAAAUUCAAUUACAUUUUUAGAUCAUUAAAGAAAAACAAAAGUGAUUUUGU